GCAAAGUGAUAGGAGAAAGAAGAUUGAGAUGGCCCACAGAAUUGCAAGUGUUUUGUUUUGUGUUUGUAUAAGCUGAGUACCUACAAGUCAGUUACAAAAAAUAAAACUUUAGGUUUUUUUUCAUCUCAAAUCUCUCUGUCUCUCUCUGUUUCAGCCCUUGUUCUGCUCAAUCUCAUGGCUUCUAAUCCUACAAAGGACGCUCCUGCUGAUGAGAAGGUAGGAGGUUCAACAUCAAAAUCAGAAACAUCUGCAGGUUCUAUUAGAGAGUCACAGGGAAGAGGAGCUGCACCUUCUGCACCUGGACCUGGAUUUCCACCCAAUCCUUUUGAUUUCUCUGCCAUGAGUGGUCUCCUUAAUGACCCUAGCAUUAAGGAACUAGCUGAACAGAUAUCAAAAGACCCUGCAUUCAAUCAGAUGGCAGAGCAACUUCAGAAAACUUUUCAAGGUGCAUCUCCUGAUGAUGGUAUCCCACAGUUUGAUACACAGCAGUAUUACUCCACCAUGCAACAGGUUAUGCAGAAUCCUCAAUUCAUGACUAUGGCUGAGCGCCUUGGUAAUGCAUUGAUACAGGACCCAUCCAUGUCAACUAUGUUGGAGAGUUUAUCAAACCCAUCACAAAAUGACCAGCUUGAGGAACGAAUGGCACGAAUAAAGGAAGAUCCAUCUUUGAAGCCUAUUUUAGAAGAGAUAGAGAGCGGCGGACCAGCUGCCAUGAUGAAGUACUGGAAUGAUAAAGAUGUACUGCAGAAGUUGGGGGAAGCAAUGGGUCUUCCAGUUGCUGGAGAUCCUGCCACUUCUGCCGACAAUGUCGCACAAGACGAAACAGAAGAAGCUGGAAAUGAGGAUGAGUCUAUUGUUCAUCAUACUGCUAGUGUUGGUGAUGUUGAGGGUUUGAAAGCUGCACUAGCCUCUGGUGCUGACAAGGAUGAAGAAGAUUCAGAAGGAAGGACAGCAUUGCAUUUUGCUUGCGGAUAUGGUGAGUUGAAGUGCACUCAGAUCCUUCUUGAGGCUGGAGCAAAUGUAGAUGCUUUGGACAAAAAUAAGAACACUGCACUUCAUUAUGCAGCCGGUUAUGGCAGGAAGGAAUGUGUUUCUCUUUUGUUGGAGAGUGGCGCUGCUGUAACCCUGCAAAACAUGGAUGGCAAGACUCCCAUUGACGUUGCCAAGCUCAACAGCCAGCACGAGGUGCUAAAGCUGUUGGAGAAGGAUGCUUUCCUGUAACCAACAGGACCCAGUCUAGUUCCCACAUGUGUAUGUUGGAUUUUGGUGAAUGCUAUGGGCAUAUUUCAGUGUGUUAGAUGAAUUUUACUUUUAUAAGCAGAAGGCUGUGAUGACAAACAACCUUGUGCCUUUGUCAAUCCUCGACCUGCAGUCUGAUUGCUACAUAUUUCAAACCAAAAUUAUAGUUCCAACGCAACCAAUUCCCUUUUUAGGGAGUGAUUGUUUUAUUUAUAGGGGGAUUGAAUGUGUCUUAGUUGUAGUAAUCACAGCUGUUUAACACUACAUGUAUGGUGUUACCUGGUAUUGUUUCAUUUUCUUGAAAUAAUCACUCCUAUGUUCAUUGUUUGGAAAUUAUAUAUUUACACUUUAUUUA